AAUAUCCAUAUGAGAGCAGAACCAACGCCAAGGAGGAACUUUGGCUACGUGCUUCUAGGUGUGGCCAUUCUCCGGGGAAGCCAACAACCAAGCACCCUCAUGGCUAACUUCAAUCAACUUGUACAGGCUACAGGACCGUCACCCUGGCAGGGACCUGGCAUGCCGUCUAUGCAGUCAUCAUUCGUUGAGUCGUUGUCAUUCAGGCAUGUGACUGGGUUCCAACCGCUGCCUUUGAAAACAGCGGAAUUGCUCUCUUUUAGCGCUGCGGCCCUUAUAACUGCCUACACGGAUCCUUAUACACCACUCACAGCUCCAUGCCGGAGUGUCACCCAGGCGAAUCCAAAAGAAUUGGUGUGCCAAAAUGGACGAUAUCAUGAUAUAGUGACCAACCGUAAUAUGUACCUUGAAACCGACACCAUCCGAUUCGACGAAUGGGGCGGUACGUUUGACACCACUAUCAUAGUAGCGUACGACUCGGAUUGCACUAUGUCGACAAAGGUGACCGAAGGGACCAGGUGCUCUCAUUCGGACAACUUCGAAGCUGCGCUCUGA